UUGACCGAAUAUACGGAAUCCCAGUGCCCGUCGGGUUCACAAACUGAAAAUGACAAGUUUGAAUGCAGGAACAAGAAAUGAAGAUUACUAUUGUGGACUAAUAUACAGUGAAUUGAUAGAAGGACCACUACAAGAAACUUCCCUUCUUACUAGAUUAGUACAACAGGAUGUUUUGGCAGUAGAAGUUAGACAAUGUCUGGUGUUGAUGGAGAAAAAUGGGUCUAUAUGUAAGACUGGUGCUGGAGAAAAUGUAUGGCAGUUAGAUUCAGAGAUACAUAGUGGAGACUUUUCAGAGGAUACAGUUCCUUCAGGAUCAUUCUUAAAUGAUUUAUGUGCAGGAAUUGAAAGCACAAGUUUAGAAAGUAGUACCAAUGAUUAUACAGUUCCAAAGUCAUCUUUAGGCAUAGAAAGUCUACCUCCACCUGCCAAAAGGACCAUUUCAAAAAGACCCACUAAAGACACCAACAUAAAGGCAGCAUCCUUAGCCAAUGGACAGCAUUCUCUUGAACCAAUAAGAUCCAAUUCUGAACAGACCAGCCCUAAGACAACACCGCCAGCAAGUGGAGAACACUCUCUAGAAUCAAGUUUGGCACCAAGUUUAACGUCUUCUACACCAAACAGAUCUAUGAAUAAUUCAGAUUUGAUAUCUUCACCUGAUUCAUCCUUGGACAGUUUUUCAGACAUCCCAGGGUCUGGUGCAACAGGUGGUUCAAGUCGUGGUUGUAUGAUGACACAAACAGUAAUGGAGGGAGACGAUCGGUCAUCCAGGGUUCAGCAGAGAUAUGUUUCACAAGUCCAGACUGGUCCAAAUACACAAACCAUUUCUGCUGGUCACAUUAAUCUAGAAACGACAGCACCUGUCAAUUGUCAUCAACACACAGAAAUUGAUCAAAGAUUAAAACCUACACUAGAAAACCUAAAGAAAAUAAUUUCUGUAUUUGUUGAACCAAAUAUGAAUCUUAAGCCUAAAGAUGUAGCACAAAAAUGUAGCAUUGGACAAUCCAGAAAAGCUGUCAACAAACUGUUAUAUCACCUGGCAAAGAAAAAGGUACUUACAGUUGCAACUUCUGAUGGCAAAGACCCUAAAUGGAACAAAGAUCCAUUAGCUCAGUACAGUGAACGAGAUUUGCAAGAAUGGGCCGCAGAAAUAGAAUAUGGGAGCACAAGUUCCCCUUCCCCAACUCCAGUUGUAAACCACCACCAUCAUAACCAUCAACAUGAACAUAACACUUACCUCCAGGUUGGAGACCAAAAUGUUAUGGCUCUUGAUCCAAAUAAUCAGGAAGAAAGAAGAGAAAGAGAAGUGAUGCCAGCAUCAGAAGACAUUGUAUCCAACUUACAACAGAAUUCCCAAUAAUAUGUUUUUCCAAAUUAAGUUAUUUUCAUGUGAUAUGUACAGACAAGUUAUUUUUAUACUAAGAAUAUUUUUUUUUUGUAAAACAAAGCUAUGAUAAUGCUACCUAUUUUGGCCCCUUCAACACAGAAAAGUAUUAGAAAUAUACAGAAUAAUGUCUGACACUAAAACAUUUUAGAUGUUCAUAAUAGUUUAUCAUAUAUAAGUAUUCAUAUUUUUUGUUUUUUCCCUAAAAAUAUUUUUCUUAAGUCUUUACACUCCAAAACAAUUUUAGAAAAAACCCAUUUUCAGAUCUUGUCAUAAAUAUUUAGAUAUUAACCAAGGCCUUACCAUAAAGAUAUUUUGCUACAAGAUGUAAUUUACAUUGUGUGUAAAAUAUCUUAUUGGGGAAGGCCUUGCAUAGUAUAUUUUUUUUAUUAAAUAAAGGUGCAUAAAUUGAGUUUUUUUUGGCAAAUAUAUUCAAUUUUGUUUAUGACAUCAUAAGUGAUCUUUCUGCACUGAUAUGUCACAUGUAUGUGAUGAUUGUAUUAACUGUUCAUUAAAAAAUAAACCAUAAAAAAGCUAUAUCUAUUUCAAUUUUUUUUUCAAUUAUUUUACUACAGCAAAAGUGUCAUUUUACAUUGCACCAUAAGUAGGCAUUAAUGAGUUUUGAUAGGUUGAAAAAUAAAAAAAUCUCCUUAGUUGUAAUUUAUGCAUUAUAUUUGUGAUAAGUAAACUUGAUUGUAUUGUUACGUAUUGUAUAGAUAGGCUUUAAGCCAAUUUAGAUAUCAGUUUUGAAAAAAAUAGAUAUGAAAAGGUAAAAAAACAACAUGAAAAAUCUUUUAAAGAUGUUUGAAUAAUUUACCAGUUAUUUACAUUUUUUUAAGAGAAGUUGAUAUCUGUAUUGCAGAUGAUGCUACCAAUGAAAUGUUUAAUUUAUAAUUACAAAAUUUUUUUUUUAAACCCUAUCAAGUAUAUUUAAUAUUAAAAUAUUAUUUAAUACUUUGGUUUUAUUAUUAUUAUUUAUUGGAUACCAAUUUGCAUGCAUUUCUUGGAUACAGAUGAACCACAAAUUUUAAUGUUCAGCAAAGUAUAAAUUUUUCCUCAAUCCAAGAUAAUUAGAAUCCAUGAAAAUAAAUUAAUCCACAGUAUAUUGAUUUGAAAUAUUUGCUCAUUAUUUUAUUUUAUUUAUAUAAAGAAUGCAGAUUAAAUUUCUUUUCUAUAGUUUAUUUCAAUUAUUUAUUAUAAAAGAUUUGAAUGUCAUUGGCUUAACAUCAAGUUUUAAAUUAAAUAUUUAUAAAAUUAAUUGAAUGUACAAGUAUGAUAUUUUUAAAUAUUUUUAUCAGUAUUAUUGUAUCUGACAGAAAGAAAGUAAGAUAUUUUUUCUGAUUUUCUGUAUUGUUAAAGUGCUAAUACUUGCAAUUGGCCAAUGUUUUUCUGGUACCUAUUUAGAGUGAAAAGUAGUACCCUAGAAAAACAACACAUAUGAUUGUGUCACCUGACAGAAUCUGUAUUGACACAAAAAAAUCACUUCUGUUGUCUUGUGUCAUCUUAUGGAUUUAAGGUGACACAAAGAAUUCACCUCUGUUGCCUUGUCAUUUGUCAUCUUUUAUGCAUUAAAGAUGACACAAGUAAUCACUCCAUUUGUUUUGUGUCAUCUUAAAUGCAUUUAAGAUUACACAAAAUUUUCACCUCUGUUGUCAUGUGUGUCAACUUUUAAGCAUUAAAGAUGACACACAAAAAUCAUCUCUGCUAACUUGUGUCAUCUUUUUUGCAUCAAACUUUGGUAUUACUAAAUUCCACCGAAGUGGCACAAAAAUUUAACUUCAUGUAGUUUUGCCCGUGCUAUUUUAAUUUUUGAUCUUCAUGCUAUUAAAAAAAGUGCCUACCAUACCCCAUGCAUUUAAUUCUUGAAUAGCCCGUAAUGAUUUUUGGGGUCUUUCAAAAAAUUAUUUUGAGACUGCAGGCAAUAGAGAUCAUUUUUUGGAAGACUCCCACACAUUUUAUUGUUAAAGCAUGAACCUAUGU